CAGGGGGAUCUUGAGGACUGGGUUGGGGACCACUGAUUUAAAUGAACCAGAGCCAGUAGUGACAGGAAUUAUGGAAGGCAGAGGUUAAGAGAAUUUACUCAGUUCUGAUCCUCUGCAGGUUUUUGCUCCUCCCUGAUGGUUAAUGAACCACAUUCGGCUCUGAUAAGGAGUGAAUUUGAUUAUUUUAAUCCACACUUGCUGAAGACCCACUGGAACAGCAUUAAGGCCCUCUGGAGACAUCUGAACGCAGAGCCACUGCAUCAGGGGAUUACAACAGCUCAGCGGAGAGGUUCCCUUGUUUCUUUGUUUGUCGGGGUGGUAUUAAUUUAUCGUCCAAUCCAAAGUACGGAUCCACGCCGUAUUUUGCGUCAUCCCGUCGGGCGUAAGACCCCCCCUAACAACCCCCCCACCUAACGUCACCUCCCUUCCCCCUCCCCUUAGCAACAGAGGCAAGAUGGCGGCGUCCAGUAACACGGAGCAUUCUCCCGAGAUAUCGACGCCGUUAAAGAUACCGAAAACAGAGGUGCCGUCCCCGGAAUCGGAGGAUCUGAGUGACAGUAAUCAAUACCACUCCAAUCCCUCCACUCCGAACCGCUUUUCGCCUCUGAACGUGGGCUCCGGGACGGCGGGCCGGACGGCGGCCUCAUCCUCCUCCAACAGCUUCACGGCUUGCCGAGGGAUGUCGUGGACUCCGUCCGAGACGAACGCCCUCAUCGCGGUGUGGGGCAACGAGAGGCUGACGGAGGCGCGGAUGCAGCAGCUAGAGGUCGCGGGCACCGUGUUCUCCGGGAAGGCCCCCGGUCCUGCCAUGUACGAGCGGGUCUCCAGAGCCCUGGCGGAGCUGGGCUACGAAAGGACCCCGUCCCAGUGUCGGGAGAGGAUGAAGACACUGCGGCGCUGCUACAGCCGCGUGAAGGAGCACGGUAUCGGCAAGAGGAAGAGCAGCUACUCCAUAGAGCAGCUGGAGAAGGUGUUCGGCCAGGGAGGCUGGGACUCUCAGAGCUGUGCGCCGGUGCUCAUCAACAGCAGUGGGCUGUAUCAGGAGAUGGAGUCCGACAGCAGCACCCUGGAAGACUUCUCCCAGGAGGACUGGUGCAACCAGGUGCUGGCCUCAGCCUUCCAGGAGGGAGACAUGGAGACCGAAGAAAUCCAGGUGCCUAAAAAUAGAGUUCUACAGAUCCAAGCAGAGCUUUCAGAACAAACCCAAAAAAGGGACGUGAUGCAGAAUGUGAUGCGCAUCCUUGAGUCGGUGCAGCUGAAAUGGGAGCACUUCCAGACGUGGACCGAGUUCUCGCGGCUGCACCUCUCCAACAAACUGGCCAUCUUUGGUGUGGGCUACAACACGCGCUGGCGCGAGGACGUGCGCUACCACUACGCAGAGAUUAGCUCCCAGGUGCCACUGGGCAAGCGGCUUCGUGAAUACUUCAAUCCGGAGAAGCCAGAGGGCCGCAUUAUCAUGACCAAAGUUCAGAAGAUGAACUGGAAGAAUGUCUACUACAAAUUCCUGGACAUCACCAUCAGCGAAGCGCGCUGCCUGGAGCUGCACAUGGAGGUGGACUGGAUCCCUGUUACCCAGUCCAGGGUGGCUGGCUGCAGUAAAGGCACAUCGCACUACCUCCUCCCCGGGGACAUCCCCAAGGCAUACGGACUCUACGCUAUCGGCUACGAGGUGGUGCCACCCCCUAACGACACUGCACAGACGUCGUCCCAGGGUGAUAGUCAAGACCACAGUAUACCUCAUGGUGGGUUGGAGUCGGAGAGCACGGGGCAGAGCCAUGCCGACGGAGAAGGAGCAGGGAAGGGUGACAGGACUGGGGCUAAAGUCACUUACUGCUAUCUGGGCAUAGCCGAGGAUAGGACCCUACAGCAGUGCCUGUUCCAGCACUUUCAGGGUUCUGGCAAGCACUACGUCUAUGGGGAACCCUCCGCUGUCACACGUUUCCUUCAGGAGAACUGUCGCGGUGGCACCGGAGGUCAGGACGGGGAAGGAGGCGAAGGCUCGUCUCAACAUUUUGCCAUUUACAUUAAGUUCAUCGAGGUGGAGCUGGACUUCCUCUCAGCAGGUUCCCUGGUGGAGUGCCUAGAAAUUGCUGUUGGCUAUACCUUAAAAUAUAACAUCAAAGAGACAAUGUAACUACCAUUCAGUAUUUUGGAUUUGCCUUGACUAAAAGAUAUAGUGAACAAGUGUUAUAGCCAGCAGGGGGGCAUGAAGGGUGGCCAGUUCUGUUAAAUAGCAUGGAUGUGUGCAAGAAUUCGUCAAAUCAUUUUUGCAGCCUUUUGAACACUAUUGACCCAAUUUUGUUACCCAACCACUAGACCUACAUCAAGGCAAAGUGAUUAAAGAUUAACAAUGCAGCAAAUGCAUUGUAUGCAAAUAUGGGAACACUGGUUUAAGUAUUACACAGUAUUACAGAAACGACAUCCAAGAAAUAUGUACUCAUUAUUUUUGGCUAAUAUAUGCACUAGAGGUUGAGCUGCACGUCUUGUGCGGACGAAUAUUGCCUCAUCAGGGAGUGCGGGGUUGGCAAGGUGACUACUGCAGUAUGCAUCUGUCUACCUCAGUAGGAUGUAGCAACCGAGGCAGGGAGGGGACCAUAGCGUGUAUUUGUUCUGAAACUGCCUUUUCUUUGAGGUCCGGAUCUGUAUUCACAAAGCUUCUAUGAAUUCUGGCUGAUUUAUGCCUUACGUUUUGUACAUUGAAAUGGAAUUGCACCCAUGGGGUUGUGGGUAUCAGCAGGUGGACAUCACAAAUGCUGUACUCAUAGGUUGCCAGGGCCAAAAUACAUCAGCUGCAUCAGUCUUGCAGCGGUUGUGAUAAUCUGCUCGCGUACAGGUAUAAGCAAGGCUUUAGAGUACUGAUCUAGGCCUUGCAGCUGCAGAGGUAAACCUGUCCUAGGUCAGUAUUCAAACAGGAGUCUUUAUGAAUAUGGUUCCUGAGGUUAUGUGCAAUGUGCCAGGAAAGGACUAUGUAUGUGAAGAUUAUGAACCCAUUGAAUGAAUCCAUACUGAAUCUGUCUAUGUAUAUGAAAUCUACCUUAUAUAUCUAUAUAAUAUAUAUUUAAGAGUAUCGAUGUUCUUGAGCAUUCCAGCUUUUGCGAACUUACAACAUUCAUUUGUUUGGGUAUAUAUGAAUAUAAUAUUUUAUAUUAUUUUAUUGGUUGACACCAUGUCUUGUAUGUAAUUGUUUUGAGGUCACAGUCUUGUAUGUUUACAUGUUUUAAGAAACAAUAAAUGGGGCACUCACCAUCAUUUGCCACUCACUGAA